AUGGCGGCCUCCGAACCUUUCGACCCAAACCGCCGCCAGUCUGUCCACAUACCUAAGUUAAAGUUCCGCCAAAGUACGUACGAUGCCGGAUCUGUUGAAACAGCAAAUACAAUCUCUACCGGACCUUCAAUUCCCUCGUUAUCAACGUCGUCUACACCAUCUGAAUACUGCCCAUCACCACGGUAUCCCCCUUCAGAUGCUAGUUUCCCGCCCUGGCCUUCCUAUCAAUCAUCAUUGGCACCCCCUCAACCCGAGAAGAAGACAAAGAAGCGCCAAAAUUUCUUCACAAGUCUCUUCGCCAAGGAACCGUCUUCUCAAGCUUUAGUAGCCUAUGAACGCCAAUUGAAGGAACAGGGCGCUUUAAAGGACGGCAAGCUCAAAGCAGUUGGUAUGCCGAUGGUCUCUUCGACAAAGUUGCCCCCGAAUGUACCUAAGGUCAAUUCAAAGUGGGAUGGCAUCCCAAGUGCUUUGAAGCAACAAGAGAAAAAAGACGUAGCGGCCCAGGAACGAGUAAAUCUGUGGAAUGAUAGCACAAUAAGUGGCUUAUCAGGGCAUUCAUCGUCGAGCAACUCGCUCCGAACCUCAUCGAGAAGACCCCAGAGCAAGGGGACACUUGGAGGAGCUUCGGUACGCUCAGCGUACAGUGGAGAAGGCAAAAAUCAACUGGCAGACCUCUAUGGAUGGGAAUUCCCUGGAUCAGCCAGUAGUCUUGAAAUUGGGUCCAGGCCAGAUACCAGACGCUCAUCCAUUAGAAGCGUCCCCAUGCAGGUUCCAAACUUUGCUACAGAACCAUCACAACCCCCUGAGAUACCGAGGGAGUAUUUCGAUCGCCCUGUCCUCAGCAGAGGCGGCUCUUCUAUUACUCCCGCGUACUCUCAUUCACCAUCAUUUACGCCAAACGACUUGUCCCCAAGGACGCCAAGUGCCCCGAUGCCCAUUCACAUGCACGACGGUUCUGGUUCUUCUGAGAAGACGCUGUAUGACCCUCAGGCGCAAAUAGCGGACGAUAUACGAACAACUACUCUUGAUAUCCCUCCCGCCAACGAAGCCAUCCUCAGAUCUCGCGGACCAAAUGUUCUCGGUCCGCCCGCAGCAGCACGGCGAAAGCUCAAAUCACCAGGUGUCGAGGCAGAAAAGAACGAGCCUGCCUCAAUCUUAAAGAAGAGGAGUGUUCCGACCUUCAGGGCACCUCGACAAGAUCAACUACUACCGAAUUCUGCUUUCCUGCCAUCCCCUCGCAGUCCAGCGAUAGAAGGGUACCCACCACCACCGCGUAGGAGGAUGAGUGCUGGCUUGGACAAGAAAGUGAGCCCAUGGGACGAACCCAUGGGAUCGAAGACGGAAUGCUUUUCUGACAGAGCUGAUACGCCCACAUCAAUGGGUGGCUUAAUGCGACUGAAAGGCCGACGUGGACUGCUCAAAAAGCAGUAA